AUGAAAAAUUACACAGUGUUAGCAACAUUCAUCCUGGUAGGACUGACAGAUGACCCAAAUCUACAGAUUCUGCUCUUCCUCUUCCUGUUCAUUGCCUACCUGCUGAGUGUAAUUGGGAACAUGACCAUCAUCACCCUCACUUUUGUAGAUCUCCGCCUUAAAACUCCUAUGUACUUCUUUCUCCGCAACUUCUCCAUUUUAGAAGUCUCUUUUACCACUGUCUGUAUUCCCAGAUACCUGUAUACCCUUGCUACUGGGGACAAUACAGUUACCUACAAUAGUUGUGCCACUCAAUUGUUUUUUAUUACUGUCCUGGGUGUGACUGAGUUUUUUCUCCUGACUGCCAUGUCCUAUGACCGCUAUGUGGCCAUAUGCAAACCCCUGCAUUACAUGAGCAUCAUGAACAGCAGGAUCUGUACCAAGUUCCUAACAGGCUGUUACCUGUCAGCUCUGAUGAUUGUCCUCCCACCCUAUAUCAUGGUCUUUGGGCUCGAGUUUUGUGACUCCAAUGUCAUAGAUCACUUUGGCUGUGAUGCUGCUCCCGUCCUGAAGAUCUCCUGCUCUGACACAGAGUUCAUAGAGCGAUUUGUGUUGGUCGCAGCCGUGCUGACACUCACUGUCACCUUGGUGUGUGUGACCAUGUCCUACACACACAUCAUCAGAACCAUCCUCAGAUUCCCUUCUGCCCAGCAAAGGAAGAAGGCUUUUUCUACCUGCUCUUCCCAUAUCAUUGUGGUUUCUAUCACUUACGGCAGCUGCAUCUUUAUGUAUAUCAGACCACCUGCCAAAGAAUUUGUCUCUCUGAAUAAGAUGGUGUCAGUACUCAUGACGUCAGUUGCCCCAGUAAUGAAUCCCUUCAUUUAUACUCUGAGGAACAAUCAAGUGAUACAAGCCUUCAAAGACAUUAUCAAAAAGGUUGCAUCUCUCUCAAAGAACUGA